AUGGUCAUCUCAAAGCUUGCCACCAGCCUUGUUGGCGCUAUUGGUCUUUUCACGACUAUCAACGCUCAACAAUUCCGCGAUGAAGAUCUCAUCCUCUGUGACUGUGGCAUUGGAGACAAUCCCGAUCACUCAGAAUGGUCCACUUCUCGCCAGAUGAACUGGUACCAGGACAUCAACUGGCCCAGCUCUGCCUACAAGUACCCUGAAGCUCCCGACAUGGCCGUUGAAGUCCCUUUCAAAGAAGGCUGGUAUCCCUGGGUUCCAACCGGUGCAACUGCCACCAUGCCUAACGGCGACGUCUGGACCGCGUACAUUGAGGACGGCACCCCUGAUGGCUUCAAAGCUGGAAGUGCAGUUACUACCAAAGAGGGUGGCCAAAUGCUCAACUGCUGGGCUUACCGCGGUCGUCCUGUCAGCGCUGCUAUCAACAAGACCAUCAACCAUGACGCCAUCUGCUGGAGCGCCUUUGUUUGCAACCGGGACAAUCACCCUCCUCCUCGCCCAGCCGACAUGGGCUCUCAGACUUCUACCUUGACCACGUCUUCAGCGGCCCCUUCCACUACCUUCUUCUCUGAGCCACCUCACACUGCAGUCCCAACCUCGAGCAGUGGUGGUCAACCCGUGCCCGUUCCAACUUCUACUCCUCACACGGGACAGCUCGCCGUUUAUUCUACUGUCAGUCCUCGUUUCGUCAACUGGCAAAGUUCUUGGGGAGCUUUCAUCAAUAGCUUUGUUUGGGAUCAGACCACCGGUAACUGUGUUGGUGGCCCCAUCAAGGGGCAAGGCUACACCAUCAACGUCGAGUGUGCGGGCGUCAAGAUUGAUGAUGAUACCCACAUGACACUCCUUCUCAUCAAGGCCCUUCGCGAUGUUGGCCUCAAGAGUUUGUGGUUCAACCAGAACCCCGCCAUUCCUGGUAUCAACGGAACCAACAUUACCGCGCCCAGCUGGGUCGUCAUGCCCGAGGCCUUUACCAUUAGAGCCACCGACCUAUCAAAUCGGAAUGUUGUCGGCUAUCUCUCAUAUGGUACCAAGUAUGAUGGCUUCCUCAGCGGUCCAUGCUCGGCAUGCGAGACGGCUCGCUUCAACUCAGACUUUUUCGAUCCCAUCAUUUCUGCAGUACAGGGCAGCUAUCCCAUCUACAACAACUUCACCAUUGAGGCCCAGUGCAGUCCCUGGAUGGCCUGCGUCUAA